GUCCAUUCUCAUUCAGUCUAAUCCUUGUUGGUAUUGCAAGCAGUUUCAUAUGACUCCGCAGAGAAAAGGCUACUACAAGCACCUCUCUGAAGAAGUGUUUCGGCUACAGAUUAAAAAAAUACAAAUGUCAACUAUAAAUGUCCGGGUUACGACCAUGGAUGCUGAGCUGGAGUUUGCCAUCCUGCCCAGCACAACUGGCAAACAGCUUUUUGAUCAGAUAGUGAAGACAAUUGGGCUGAGGGAAACCUGGUUCUUUGGCCUCCAGUAUCAGGACAGCAAAGGUUUCUCCACCUGGCUCAAGCUGAACAAGAGGGUGACGGCUCAAGAUGUGAAAAGGGACAACCCUUUGUUGAUUAAGUUCAGGGGCAAGUUUUACCCUGAGGAUGUGGGAGAUGAACUGAUCCAGGAGGCAACGCAGCGACUCUUCUUUCUGCAGGUAAAAGAGAGCAUCCUAAAUGAUGACAUAUACUGUCCUCCUGAGACUGCAGUGCUUUUGGCCUCAUAUGCGGUUCAGGUGAAACAUGGAGACUACAGGAAAGAUUAUCAUGUACCAGGAUACCUUACAAGAGAGAAGCUGCUGCCACAAAGGGUUUUAGAGCAGCACAAACUGAAUAAGAAUCAGUGGGAGGAAAGAAUCCAGGUGUGGCAUCAAGAGCACAAGGGAAUGCUGAGAGAGGACGCCAUGGUUGAGUACCUGAAGAUAGCCCAGGAUCUAGAGAUGUAUGGAGUCAACUACUUCAGCAUCAAGAACAAGAAAGGAUCAGAGUUGUGGUUGGGAGUGGAUGCAUUGGGGCUCAACAUCUAUGACAAAAAAGACAAGAUGACCCCAAAGAUUGGCUUUCCCUGGAGUGAGAUCAGAAAUAUUUCCUUCAAUGACAAGAAGUUUCUCAUCAAACCAAUUGACAAGAAAGCUCCGGACUUUGUUUUCUACGUACCCCGUCUUCGGAUCAACAAACGUAUCCUGGCAUUGUGUAUGGGGAACCAUGACCUGUACAUGCGCAGACGUAAACCUGACACCAUCGAGGUGCAACAGAUGAAGGCCCAGGCCAGGGAGGAGAAGAACAAAAGGCAGAUGGAGAGGGCUCUGCUCGAGAGUGAGAAAAAAAAGCGAGAAAAUGCUGAGAAGGAAACAGAGAAGAUUGCCCGUGAGACCAUGGAGUUGAUGCAGAGAUUGAGACAGAUUGAAGAGCAGACAAAGAGAGCUCAAGAUGAGCUGGAAGAGCAGACCCGCAGGGCUCUUGAGUUAGAGAAGGAGAGGACAAUCGCACAGAAGGAGGCUGAGAGCCUGGACAAGGACCGCAAAGCUGCAGUGCAGGCUAAAGCAGCUCUGCUACAACAGUCUGACACACAGAUAAGGAGCCAGGAAGGCCUGGCCACUGAGCUGGCAGAGCUUACCUCUGUGAUCUCACAGCUGGAAGACGCUAAGAAGAAAAAGGACGACGAGACAAAAAGAUGGCAGAAAAGGGCGAUGAUGGCAGAGGCUGAUUUACAGCGGACCAAAGAGGAGCUGAAGACUAAACUCAUGGGUGUCCACAUCCAAGAUUCAGUCCACCCUCCUAUGCACGACCACGACGAGACAGAUGAGAGCAGUGCAGAGGCCAGCGCUGAGCUGACUUCUCCAGGCAUGGUCCGUGAUCGCAGUGAAGAGGAGAGAGUAACAGAGGCCCAGAAGAACCAGAGACUGCAGAAAAACUUAAAGUUCCUGAGCACUGAGCUGGCCGGAGCUGUAGAUGAGAGCAAGAAGACCCCCAAUGACAUGAUCCACGCUGAGAAUGUGAGGGUGGGCCGUGACAAAUACAAGACCCUACGCCAGAUUCGUCAGGGCAAUACCAAACAACGCAUUGAUGAAUUUGAGUCCAUGUGA